CUUGAAUAUGGCUUUUGUGACUUUCUUAACGAGUUCAUCUGUGACUUUAUUAUCAAUCGAAUUAUGUGGAUUAUUAUUGUUGCCGUGAAAAAGUAAUGUGGAAUAACAGAUAAGGUGAAAUCGGCACAAGAUUGGAAUGGCUAAAUUAUUAAUAUCGAGGUAAUUUUGCUCAUCGCGGGAGGGAAAUCUCAUCUCGCAGACGACUACGGAAUCUGUAACUCAAAAGCACUUUUUAAUAUGGCUAGCAAACUUAUGCAACUCAUCGAAACACGGACGAAACGACCCGUGCUUGACGAAUCAGACUUAAAAGUUAGCUCGCAUUGGAAACUAAUCAAAUCCGCGAUAAAACAAGAACACGGCGAUGACCCGAAGAAACUCGAUGAGAAACAGGCUUUGAAUGUGGGACAUGGUGUUCAUCCGGUGCAAUCUUUGGCGUCUGAAGAAGAAAUCGCCUUUGUGGCUUUCAAUUCUCUUAAUAAUAACUUUGUUGGAAUUGACAGAGAGGGAAACGCUUCGGUAUAUUUGGCAACUGGUUAUACGGAACCCGUCGACUCCAACAUCCUCAAAGGUCCCAUUUGCGGAAUAGUGUAUGCUAAGAAAACUAGAUUCUAUGCUGCCUGGGGACUUGAUGAAAACAUCAGAGUAAGUUAUUUAAUGCUUUACCAGGGGGUCUUUAAUUAAACAUAAUUCAAAAGAUGUACAAUGGAGCCAAGCCUUACGGCACCUGUUCAUAUGACCAUCAUGUAACUAUAAUGACCACAUUCAUUCAGCCAAGGUCGUCUCGAUCCUUACAUUGAAGGCUCAUUUUAAUACAGCCACCUCAUUACUACAGAUUUUCGGUCAUGUUGAAACGCAGACCAUGCAGACUGUAGACUGUGCAGACUGAGUGUUAUUUUUGUUACUUGUACCUUUAUUUUGUAGUAAAAGUUUUACUAUAGUUUCCCACAGGAGCGAGCACGAUGGCCGUGAAGGUAAGCUGUUUCUUUCUGUAACUGUUUUAUAUUGCCAUGAUCAUUUAAAUAUUUUUAUUAGAAGAAGCUUUUUCAGCUUAAGUGACUUAAUAGAAGAAGGGCAGCGACUUAAAACUUCUCACAGGUAAUAUUCAAUGAAAAUUAAGACAAAAUACACCUAAAAUACACGGCAGGGGAUCUAGUUCAACGCGCAUUCAAACCCGCUCCACAUCUUCGAGUUGUACAAAUAAUAUGUUUGUUACUAAUGAACUAUUUAGUUUUGGAGCUGCAUAAGCAAGAACCAGACAAUACUCAAACAAGAUUGUCGGUUUCAAACCACUACCACUUACUGGCGCGAAUGCAUGGAGCAAAUACAAUUGUCGAUCCCCGAGUGAAAACCCGCCAAGAAGGACACUCUUGGGAAUCAAAUGAUAAAAAUACAUAAACAAAAGUCUUACCCAAAUCUUCCAAGCUAACAACGAUGACAUCAGUAUCUGUAAGAUUAGAAGAAAUGACAGCAAGUCACCGGUUUGAAUUACAGAGUGAAACCAAAGACGAUCAUCAACAAUCAAGGAAUUUAGGAAAUGUCUCUCAUAGCCGUUGGAGGAAGCCGAAAAGGGUUUUAUUUUAACUCACCUAACCUGAAAAAGCUUCUUCUACUAAAAAAAAUUUAAAUAAUUGUGGCAAUAUAAUACAGUUACAGAAAGAAACAGCUCACCUUCUUCCAACCAUCGAUGCUCGCUCCUGCAGGAAACUAUAGUAAAAGUUUUACUAGAAAAUUAUAAAGGUACAAGUAAAAAAAAUAACACUCAGUCUGCACAGUCUGCACUGAGUCUGCAGUCUGCAGUCUGCAUGGUCUGCGUUUCAACAUGACCGACAGAUUUUGGUGGUCCUAGAGUGUUUGCAAUAACCCGAGGUCACUCUGUAUUGCCACCUCUGAUAGGGGUUGUGCACUGCAUGAGCACAUCUAACAGAUGGCAACCGACCUUAGCAAAACCAUUGCUCAGGGUCAUAAUGUGCAGUCUGAGAGAUGGCUGCAUUUUAGUCCAAAAAUUCCAUACUGAUGACAUAACUCUGCCCAGAAUCUGGUCAGAAGCUCUGAUUAGUCGUCAAAGUUACAGUCAAAAUUAAUCCCACUUUACAGACACCUGGUUAAUACAGACACCUCAUUAUUAUGGACAGUUUGCUUUGUUCGUUGGGAGGGAAAGCCCCCUAAUUUUCUCUAAAAUAUUUAACCCUCUUAAUACAACACUCUGUAAAUACGGACACAUUCUAUGGCCCCCUCAGUGUCUGUAUUAAUGGGGUAUGAUUGUAUUAUAAUCUUUCAGCUAUUGUUUCCUUUUGACAGACUGAAGAUGAAAGGUUGUGAAGAUCAAAUGUACAAGGCACUGAAUCUAUUAACAAACAUUUUAUUUCCUAGGAAUAUAAUAGUUGCUUUCAAGAAGUAAUUCAGUUUUGCUGUGGUUAAAUUUGCAGCACAACAAGGAAAAAUAGAGGCUUAAAAAAAUCUGCAUCUGGAACCACACAAACAAAGAUUAAUUACGUAAUAUUUGCUUUAUACCAUCAGUAUGGAAUUCUGGGGUAAAAAUGAAGACAUACCUGUCAUGAAAUGUCCACAGUGACAAGGAGCAGCGAGAGGUGGUAGUAUAAUCAGGGUAAUCAGUGGGUAACAGAAGUGAUUAUGAAUAAGGUGCAUUGCAUGUAGUUUCAAAGCAUGAAGGUCUUCAGAGAGAAGUAGCUGUCUCAUUUCUAGUGCAUAAACUGCAUCUUUUAACAUCUGUAUCUUAGUUAGUUUGUACAUGUACAAAUUCUUUGAAUGGUAUUUCACCGUUAAUAUUUUUUCUACCAUCUGCAGUUACUGUCAGAUGGCUUUAAACUUGUCAGCAUGGCAACCUCUCUUAGUAGAAUAUUCAGGGAGGUCCAGGCACUAUAA